UAAUGAAUUCAAGAAGUACACAUCUCACUGAAUAUGCAAUUAAACAUAUAAUUGCAGAUGAAUUCACAUCUUGGCAAUCAAUCAAUCCAUCAAAAAUCUAAAUAACAAGACUAGCUGGAUUGACCAAUAUUACCUAUAAGGUUGAGACUCAAGAAGAAAUCUUACCCAAAACUAUUGUGUUUAGAGAGUAUAAUAACUUUUAAUAAUAGAUUUGGAAAUGCAGAAGGAUUUGUAGAUUCCAAAUAAGAAAGAAUAGUUUUUAAAACUAUUUCUGAUUUAGAGUUAGGACCUAAAUAAUUAUAAUGUGGUGAUAUAUGGAGAAUGGAAGAAUUCGUUACUAAUGGUGUGCAUCCAACAAAUGAAAAGAUGGGCUCAUCUUUAUUUCAAUUCAAAUCCAUGGGAGUCUUAUAAAAAUUUCAUUAAAUGGAAAUACCCAUUCCUAAUAAUGGUACUUCUUUAAUUCUUACCAAAACCUUAUCAAAGAAUAUGAAAAAUAAUGUAAUGAGGAAAAUUGAAAAAAGAGAAUUAUUUACAGAUGUUGAGCUCAAACAAUUAGAAAAUAUUGAAUAAUUCUUAAAUAAUGAUGAAGAAUUUAAAUAUUUAUAAGAGAUGAUUUAAAAAGAGAAUAAUGAAGAAGUAAUUAUAUUUAAUAAUAACUUGUAGUUAAAAUUUUGUCAUAAUGAUUUAAAUUAAUUAAAUAUAUUUAGUACCACAAAAAAAGACAAAGAAAUAGUCUUUAUUGAUUUUGAAUAUUGUUCUUACAAUUAUCCCUCAUAUGAUAUUGCCAAUUUUCUUAAUGAAUCAGCCAUCAACUAUUAAUAUGAAGAUGAACCAUAUUAUGUGUUAGUUGAUGAAAACUUUGAUACUGCUCCUAUUUAAGCUCACUUUUUAGCUUUAUGUUAUCUAAUUCAUUAGUUUUGUUAAGAAAAUGAGAUUAAUUAAAUUAUUAGUCUCAUCACAUAAAAAACAAAUAAAAAUAAAGAUGAAUUAAACACCUUUAUCAGUUUGAUUAAAUAGAUUUUAAUAUAAAGAAUGAAUGAAAAGUAGAUUAAUGAAUUUUUUUAAUCUGUAUCUUAUUUAAAGAGAAGAAUUAGAAGAUUGCAAAUGAUAUCCAAUUUAAAUUGGGUUUGGUGGAGUGUUUUACUUGCUCAUGAAAAGAAUUCAUUGAAUUUUGAAUAUAUUGAUUAUGGAUUUUUGAGAUUUAAAAUGUUUGAAAGACUAUUGGAAUUAGAAAAAGCAAGAUAAAUUGUUGAAUGA